AUGACACAAGAAAAUUUCCUGAGAACUAGCAAUCGCUUUGCGACCAGCACUUGUGCUGAAUUUCAAGAAGCAAAUGGCAACCCAAUAUUCGGGUACGAAGAUGUGCCUGUGAAAUCACUAGAAGAUGCAGUAAAAGGUGUUGUCCAUAUCGUGCCUAAAGUGAAAGAAUAUGUCAAUGAAGCCAUGAAAAACCGUAGACAAAAUACACAUUUAACAAGAGAUGAAUCAGCAUCAAUCUAUCUUUAUACAAUACCAGUGGACUUCUUCCAGCGUCUUAACGAAGCGCUUCGUUUCAAGAAUCCAGAAGCAUUAAAACCAUGGUUCGACUUCUUGAAGUUAUUUAUAACUGCCUUAAAAAAAUUACCAUCAUGUAAAAUAUCAGUGGUAUGGCGAGGCAUUGGAGGUAAUUUUGGAAAGGAGUUUGCUGAAGGUUCCGAACACACUUGGUGGAGUAUAAAUUCCUGUUCAUGUAAUCAGAAUGCAGCUAGAUGUUUUGCUGAUUCCAAGGGCACUCUGUUUUCGAUUCACGCAAUCAAUGGUAAAGACAUUAGUACGUAUUCUGCAAAUCCACAAGAACAAGAAAUAAUUCUUAUGCCUGGUACUCGCUUGCGUGUCAAAUCUUCAUGGCCUUCUGAUCUUUCCACGAUUGUUUUGGAAGAAUGUACUGUGAUUCCUACUGGACAACACAUCAUGUUAUCUUACAAUAUCAAUGAUAAAGAAAUCGUAUUUCAAAUUUACGAGUUUUUACGAAAUCAAGAGAUGCCAGUUUGGAUCAAUCGAUCAGAAAAAGUCACCGCAGAUAGCUUACACGAUAGUUUGGCUAAUGGAGUAGAGAACGCUGCAGCGGUUUUUUGUUUUUUGACGCCAGAUUAUGAAAGGUCACCAGUUUGUAAACUUGAACUACAAUAUGCACAUAAACGGAGAAAAUUAAUCAUCCCGUGUUUGUUCGACGACAAGAAAUUCUGGGACGAUUCUUCUUGGUUAAUGACAGUAGUUGGAUCUCUUCAUUGUUAUAAUAUCAAGAAAAUUCAGAAUAAGGACAAAAUGCAUUUACAAAAGUUAAUCAAUAAUUUGUACAAAAAACAUUCUUCAUCGAAGCACGUCUCAACAGAAUCAGUCGGUCCACCAAAUUAUCUUUUCGAAUUAAUUAAAUACAAAUAUCUAUGUGACAACAAAAUAGAACGCUUCAUGAAUCCAUCGAAAGCGUUUCCAAUCGAGCAGAGUUAUAUCAAUUUGGCUAUAGUAGAAACGAAGGAAACUCACGAAAAAGAAAAGAAACUCGAUAAUACUCAGAGCAUUGAUGCAGUUAUGGGUGCAUUCGAGCAAAUUUAUGGAAGUAAAUCUCCAAUUGAUGUCAAAGAUAUUUUCACGAAAUGCAAAGAUCAAAACAGAAAUAUUUUAGUUUUUGGUCGAGCUGGUAUUGGGAAAUCAACAUUCUGUCGGUAUGUUGCUCACCAGUGGGCAGCUGGCUCAAUUUGGUCAGAAUAUGAAUUAGUUGUGCUCAUUCCUUUACGAUCUCUAGUAGAAACAAAUUAUCCAAAAGGCAAAGAUUAUUCUCUCAUCGACAUUCUGAUAAAUCAAUAUUUCUCUGAUCCAUUCUGGUCAGAUGAACAAAAGAAUAAGCUUGUAGAAAAGCUUGUAGAACAGAUUCGUAGAAGUAAAAUUCUGUGGCUAUUGGAUGGUUAUGAUGAAAUAGCACAAGACCCACCUCGACAUCUCCAAAUCUUACUUGAACAGCUGCUCAAAACUCCGCAUCACAUCAUCACCUCUCGUCCAUACAUGAAUACAUUAUCAUAUUCGGUGAAGAUGGAAAUUACAGGCUUUACAGAUAAAAACAUUUCCAACUAUAUUAAGCUGUUCUUCAAUCAGUUAGAAAACUCAUCACAUGAAGAUCAGAACUUACUUAACUUUCUCAAGUUGAAUCCUAAGAUUUGGGGUAUUGCGCAUAUUCCCAUUAACCUCGAGUUGAUUUGUAGUGUUUGGAGCAAUUUCGAUUGGACAAAAACAAAUACAGUUACGAUAACAGUAUUGUAUGAUAAAUUAACUGAGUGGAUCUGCCGCCGAUACCUAGAGAAGCAAAAAGGACUCUCGACCAACCAAACCAAUCAGAUGCGUAAAAAGAAAAUAUAUGAACAAUGUCAAAAGGAAUUGGCAUUCUUAGAAAGUCUCGCUUUCCACGGCAUGAAAAUCAAUUCUAUUCUUCUCAGUCCAGAAUUACUAGAAAGGGCUGAAGAACAAAGUAAUUGUGAGUUAUAUAGUCAUCCACAUUUACUUAAUCUUGGAAUACUGAAGUCAUUAACUUCGGACGCAGACAGCACUGGCACACGACUUGAAAUAGACAAGCACUAUUACUUUGUCCAUCUCAGUUUUCAAGAAUACUUUGCAGCUGGUUACUUAGCAAACGUUCUGUCCAGUACUGCAUGCAAUAAAGCAAUUGAAUUUAUUCAGCAGCACAAAUACAAUCAAAGAUAUCAGUUACUCUUUGCAUUUCUAGCCGGGUUACUAAGCGAAACAUGUGACUCGCAGCUUAACAUCAAAUUUUGGAACACAAUAUUUAGCGAACCAUUAGAUAUCACCCGUAUGCAACAUAUGGCUCUUGUUAUUCGCUGUGUCGAUGAGAUUAACAGCAACCAAACAUUCAUUGAAGCCCAACAAUUAUUCCAACUGACAACGCGAUGGGUAGAGACUGUUCUAACACAUAAAUUCCGGUAUUUACUUCCGUUUGUGAAAAACAUUAUGAGAGCGUGUAACACAAUCUGCAAUGCAACGCAUAUUCACCAGGCACUGGUACGAUUAUUGGGCGAUAACCAAACCACUAUCGUUUGUAGAACACUCGAAUUUAUAUCAUCAAUCCCACUAAACAAUCCUACUAAUUCUUUAAAGCGCACAGUGCUACAGAAAAUACAGCAUCCAGAUUUCGAUGUAAAACAACAAGCAUGCGACGCCUUGCAUCGAAUGGAUGAAAAAGCAGCGAUGAAGGAAGCAACCGAUGCACUUGUAAAGGCACUUUCGGACCAGGAUUCCAACGUAAGAGAGCGUGCAUGCUUCGCAUUGGGUCCAAUGGGUAAAAAAGCAGCGACGAAGGAACUAAUCGACGCACUUCUCAACGCACUUUCCGACCACAAUUCUAACGUGAGAGGAUAUGCAUGCGAGGCACUCGGUCAAAUUGGUCAAAAAGCAGCGAUGAAGGAAGUAAUUGAUGCUCUUGUCAACGUACUUUCGGGCUGCGAUUCUGACGUAAGUCGGUAUGCAUGCGAGGCACUCGGUCAAAUUGGUGAAGGGGCAGCGACGAAGGAAGUGAUUGAUGCACUUGUCAAGCCACUUUCAAACGACGAUUUCGGCGUAAGACUGGAUGCAUCCGAGGCAAUCCGUCGAAUGCGUAAAAAGGCAGCUACCAAUGAAGUGAUUGAUUACCUUUUCAAGGCGCUUUUGGACGGCGAUUUUAACGUAACAUACUAUGCACCCUACGUAUUCGAUCCAAUGCGUGAAAGUGCAGCGAUCAUGGAAGUGAUCACGGCACUUGCCACGGCAGUUUCGAGACACCAUCGCCACCUAAGAUACCAUGUAUACAAGGCACUCGGUCUCAGGCCUGAAAAGCCAGCGACGGAGGAAGUGAUUGAUGCACUUAUCAAGGCAUUUUCGGACGACGAUUCCGACGUAAGACGGCAUGCACGCGCGGCACUCGGUCGAAUUGGUGAAAAGGCAGCGACGAAGGAAGUGAUUGAUGCACUUGUCAAGGCACUUUUGGACGAUG